UGCGCCCAAACUAAGGUCACUAUCUUAGAUCAUGGGGUGUAUAUGAAUUUGGAGUUACCAACACACAAAUCUAGUGUUCCGACAAACUAACCUUACCUGACUUUCCCCAGUGGCCCAUUUAUCUAACUUUAGCUUCAUUGAAAUUCAUGCUCCUGUUACAAUUACCAACUUUUUUCAGGUAUUUCAAAGAUAAGAUAAAAAUAAUUUGCGAAUUCAUCCCUCAGCUUAUAUUCUUGUGUUUCUUGUUCUUGUACAUGGUUCUCCUAAUGUUCAUUAAAUGGCUGAUGUACUACCCAACAGAUGAUAAAGACAAGAUAACUUACAGCCCUCAUUGCGCACCGUCGAUAUUAAUUAGUUUCAUCAAUAUGGUUUUAUUCAAAGAGCCUAACAAAGUUGAAGAUUGCGCUGAUUUUAUGUAUAAUGGUGAAAUGGGCAUUGAAAGAUUUCUCGUGGUAAUAGCAGUGAUUUGUGUUCCAUGGAUGUUGCUAGCGAAACCAAUUUAUAUAAUGCGAAAUCAAAAGAAAUCCAACUAUAUGGUUUCCCAUGAGCAAAUGAAUGCUGCAACCGAAAACGGAGAUGCAGAGCAACCUGCACAUAACAACACGGUUCAUCGUGUUGAAGGAGGACAUGGUAGUCAUGCCGAAGAGGAUUUAGGUGAACUGUUUAUUCAUCAAGGAAUUCACACUAUUGAAUACGUUCUGGGAUCUGUUUCUCAUACUGCAUCAUAUUUACGUUUAUGGGCAUUAUCUCUUGCUCACGCACAAUUGUCGGAAGUUUUAUGGCAGAUGGUACUAAGUAAAGGUUUAAAAGUUCAAGGCUUCGAAGGGGGUAUUGCCUUAUACAUAAUAUUUAGUAUAUGGGCCUCUUUAACAGUUGCAAUUUUGGUUUUAAUGGAAGGACUGUCUGCAUUUCUGCAUACAUUACGUUUGCAUUGGGUCGAGUUUCAAAGCAAGUUUUAUUCAGGAAUCGGUCAUGGAUUUCAACCUUUCUCUUUUGAGACUAUUCUUGAUUCCGCUGCAACACAAACUGCAGAUGAAUAAUUCCAUAAAUAAAUAAAUGUUCUAAAUAAUUGUAAUUUUUCUAGAUUGUACUUAAUUCUGCCGUUCAUCCUUCACCGUAAAAUAAAGUAUCCCGACCAAAGUGUGGUGCUACAUAAUUUCACGUUUACCUGCUGUAGAUAUUUAUUGACAGUUAUUUAAAUUGUUGUAUUGACAAAAAUUGCAUGAUCGAUGUAGAUAUGAUGUUAUCUAAGCUUUGUUUUUGACAUAAAUUAGAAGUUGAUUAUUUAUAAUUUUCGUGAUGUUCGUAGUCCUGUGAAAUAUACAUGUAUCGUAAA